CCGGACCCAGCGCGCCCGCACCAUGGCCGGCCCCAGCCUUGCCUGCUGCCUGCUCGGCCUCAUAGCGCUGACCUCCGCCUGCUAUAUCCAGAACUGCCCCCUGGGCGGCAAGCGAGCCGUGCUGGACCUCGACGUACGCAAGUGUCUCCCCUGCGGCCCCGGGGGCAAAGGCCGCUGCUUCGGGCCCAGCAUCUGCUGCGGGGACGAGCUGGGCUGCCUCGUGGGCACGGCCGAGGCGCUGCGCUGCCAGGAGGAGAGCUACCUGCCGUCGCCCUGCCAGUCGGGCCAGAAGCCGUGCGGGAGCGGGGGCCGCUGCGCCGCCGCCGGCAUCUGCUGCAAUCCGGACGGCUGCCGCGGCGACCCCGCCUGCGACCCCGAGGCCGCCUUCUCCCAGCUCUGAGACCCGCCGGCCCCCGACACCGUCGGAGCGCAGCCCUCGCUCCCUCCGUAGCCACCCCCAGGAAUUAUGACUAUUAAAUAAAGCAGAUUUUUUCCCCUC